AUGCCAUAUGAGCCACUUGUUUUGCUACGUAGACUUGCGCCUGAAGAAGUGGAUAAAUUGAUCAGACAGAAUCCGCUUCCGAUCAAUCCAUCUCAGUAAGUACAGAAUUUAAACAUUUACAAACAAUAGAGUAUCUAGUGUAUUUAUCAAUUAUUUAAUGUAGAAAAUUGUAUUUUAAUAGAAAUGCACAAAUCAAUGACAACCAAGAAGAAGAAAAGGACGUAGUGUCAAAUAAUAGUAUUUUACCCACAAAAAAUCAAAAGAAAUUCUCUCGUUCUUCGCCUAAAUUACGAGUUCUAUCAACAAAUUUGAAUAGUUCAAGUCGUGACGUUAAAUUUGUCGAUGAACUACAACGAGGAAAACCUUUAAAGAAACAAAAUCAUGAAAUUAGUCUAAAGAAUCAUAAUGAAAUAACAUAUACUGAUAAAACAAAUGUUGCAUGUAAAGAUAUUUUCAAUAAAGAAUUAUUUGUAGUUAUUGAGAACGGUAUUAAUGAAGUGAUCAGAGAUAUGGUUAAUAGUACUGCUCAACAUCCAAAAUUACGAAAACGUACAAAUUCAACAAUCAACAACAGGAAUAGUACGAGUAAUAAUUCUGCAUCUUCAACUCGAGACCGAAAUAUUGUCAAAGAACGACGUACCCAUGAGUCUAUUAUGAGAACAACGACUAAAACGUCAUUGUCAACAGUUACUCCUGUUAUAGAGGUAAUAAUUAAUGCUUUUACUCAUACUAAUGUAAAUAAGUAAUUAAUUUGUCUUGUCUUUUGGGAUAAUUCAAAUAUUUGUAAGGAUACCAUCUUUUUGUUUUUGGAAAUCUUAAUCUAAUGUUUUAAUAAUCCAUAAAUGUUUAUUUCUGAUAAGUUGAUAAUAUUAUGAGAUUAUCUCUUGAGGAAAAUAGGAACGAUUCUAGUUGAACAACCUAGCAAAAUUUUUAAUUUUUUUUCUCAAAAUCUGUGUUUUCAAAUGUAUAAUAAGAAUGUAAAAAAAGUCUUGAUUUUGGUGAAAACUUUGAAAUGUGUGAUUUUAAUGAUUAUUCAAUUGGUAUAAUCAAAAAUUAUAUAUCAUAUUUACUUUUUAUAAUGUUAUUGCACAUAAACUUUAGAAAAAAGCAUUUUCAAAAUGAAUCCAAAAAUGUGUACGAAAAUUUACAUUUUUAAUUUUUUUUUCUCAAAAAAAAAUACCUUUGUGCGUAAUCAUCUCAAGUAGUUGGUCACAGGGUAAACAAGUUUAAGGUAUGUGAGCAAAGUCACUCACUUGCUCGAACUGUUUUAAAUGAAAUUAUCUCCCAAUUCUAUGUGCGAAACUGUACGCAGUAGCCAAGUAAGUGAUGAAAAAUCAAACUUUUUGAUGUUCUUCAUUGAUAACUUCCAAACAAAGUUCGGUUGACUUAUUUAUAUUCUUAUUAUAAGAUCGAAAACAUACAUUAUGAAAGAAAAAAAAAAUUGUUAGGUUUGCUAAACUAGAAUUAUGAAGUUGAUACCUAUUUUAUUUAGAUUUACAAAGGAUUUACCUACAAAGAAUUUUAAAUAAAAACUUUUAAAUUACUUUAAUUAUACAGGUUAAAAGAAUAUGCUAUAAUUUGCUAUCUCGGUUUAACCAAUGAUCAGCAUAACAAAAUUGUGUUCCUUGGAUCAUAAAUUGCUGGUAUUUAGGUUGAAAUUAAAGUUUUAAACACAAACAAAUCUAAAGAAGAUAAUGUUUCUGAAAGUUGGUUGUAAAUUUUUAAUUAAAGUUAAAGUCUUAUAUUUAUUAUAUUUAUUUUAAAAUCUUGACUAUAUAUAACUAUAUUUUUUUUGUAUACAAUUUUAUUAGGCAAAAGCUAUGUACAGCUCUAUAUAAUAUUCUUAUUCAGAGUGUUUUAACUCUAAUAUUUCAAUCCAAAUGCCACAAUUUAUGUUUUCUGUAAUGUAUGUUACUAUGUUGUCUGUUAAUCAGGUAAAAAUAGCACAUGUUGGUAUAGCGACCUCUUUAUAACAAAUUUAAUUUUUUGGAACUUACUGUAACAUUUUUCAAAAAUAAAUACAAAUUUAUUUUAAGUGAGUAUUCUUUUAAUGUUAUUAUCAACACAAGGACCACUUUUGCUUGGUUAUCAGCUGUAAAUUCCAUUUGUAGACUUGUUAUAAUCAUUAUGUACAUACUAUGAAUAUUAUACUCAGCAUACUCGUAUUAUUCUUUUGGACUUAUUUCCACUGAUCUUGCUUAGUUGGACUACUAGUAGUAUCAGUUUUUUUAUUUUCUACUAUUUUAUAGUUCUGCUGUACAAGAUCAAUAAAAAGUUUUAUAAUAAGAAGUUCCCCCCUUUUUUUUUUUUUUAAAUACAUUUUCCAUAUCAAUUUUUAAAUUGUAUAACUAACAAUACUAGACUAUACAUUAAAUUGUAUAAAUUAAUUAACACGACUUGUUAUCACAUUAUCAGUGAUUAUCAGUUUACUAUCUACAUAAUAAUUGUAGUUUAGUACAUAACCUAGGCCUAUCGAAAACGUGUUUAUCAAGAAUGCUAUCGCUAACGGUAUCAUUAUGAAACGCACUCGUUUAUAAACUAAAAUUAAUCUUUCGAUUAUGUGUAACCACAGUUACCCAUAAACAGAGUUUAUCGGUUUUUGGUGAAACGGAACCUAAAUAUAUACAAUAUUUUAUAUUUCUUUUAUUUUUAUUUAUGAAUUAAUGAUUUACAUAUUAGUUGAAAUAUUUUAAAACGUAAUAACAGUUCAAAACUAAAAUACUACAAAAAAAAUCAAUAUACACUUACAAAGGUGAUCAAUACAGGAGGAUUUUCUUAAGUUAUUAUAUAAUAUUGAAAAUUUGAAAACAAAUGUAAAUAUAUAUAAUUAAUUAGUUAAGAUUAUAAUACUUCAGCCAGUACUUAAAUAAAACUGUACAGUUAAAACAAAUUGGUUUAUCUCUAUUAUUAUUAUACUGUUGAUCAAUUUAAGAUGAUGUUACUCUAUUGAAGAGGUUGCUGCAUUGCAUAAAGGAAAUUUUCAUCAAAUUAUCAAUUCAAAAAUAUUCAAAUAAUGAAGUAUUUUUUGAUAUAAAUUAAAAUGAUUACUAAAAAACCUUUUAUGUGGGACAACUUAAAUUUUUCUGUAUUUAUAGUAGUUACAAAAAUAUCACAACCCAUUUGAAAGAAUAUCCAUUCCGUGUUAUCUUGACAUCUUGGUUUAUUUUUUGUUAAUAAAAUUAAAGUUUAUACUUACAUUUUUUUUUUUUUAGUUUUUCAACUAUUAAAAAUCAGGUAAUUCUAUAAAAAAAGUAAAAGACCACAGGUAAAAUUAUUUUUAAAGUGUUUUGAAAUGUAAAGUUUUGGUAAAUCUACAAUAAAUAUAGAUAGAGUUAUAUUGUCAGGCAUUAAACAGUUUUUAUAUUUUAAUUAGGGCUUUAUUACGUCCUGUUACGAUUAAAAAAAUGAAAUGAAAUACUCAAAUAUUUCUAAUGAAUAAUACAUUUUACCCACAAACUAGUAAUUAAUAUAUUUUUUUUUAAUUUAGGUAAUUAAAAAAAAGACAAAAGAAAUUACAUUAACUAAUCAGCAUCAUAAAACUGCAGAUGAAUUUAAUAAGCAAACUAAAUAUAACAAGGUUCAGCGUGAUGACUUCUUUGGAAUUAAUUUGCGUACAAGAACUAUAUCUACAACAAUACCACCUUUGAACCAUUCUAUUGGUUCUACAACUGUACAACCAAACCGUCCUAGAUCGCGGCGAGGUAGACCACCACGUCAAAAAAACAUCAAUGUUGAAGCAAAUGUGCCAAAGUCACCUGUACCUGCUAGUUUGGACCGAUUACAGCGAAAGCGGUCUGUAAAUCAAUGUAAUGGUAACUCAAAUGUACAAAAAAACCAAAAUAAAAAUGUCACUGUUAUUAAUAUCGAUGCGGAUUGUAGAAAUUCAUUAUUAUCAGGAGAUGAAAAAAAUGAAGAUUGUGUUAUUGUAGAUGUAGUGUGUAAAAAGAAAAUCAAUUCCCGUAAAAGAAAACAAUCUGAUAUUGGAGAAGCUGUGGCUAGAAAACGUAUUUGCAAUAAUCAAAAAGGUUCAUUAGUGAAAGAAAAAAAUCUUAUAGAGAAGUCAUUACCAAAGAAACCAGCACUGGUUGUUAAAACAGUCAACUAUGGUUUCUUAUCUGGUUAUGAUUUUAUUAAACCAUAUCGACAGCAUACUGGUUCAAACCCAUUUCCUUCUACACUUUAUGGUCGUACAAAUUGGCCAAUCAGUUGGGAAUAUUCAGCAUCCUCACUCACAAGCCAUGUUCAGAAAAAAGUUUCUAAAGAUAUAUUACGUAAAAUAAGAUUAAUUUGCAAUAAUGGAACUAUUACAAAACCUUUGAAUGCAAUAUCAGCACCAAAAAAAAAAUCAACAUUAAAAAAAAAUCAACCUUCAGUUGUACAAAUACGUGAUAGUUCUAGUAAAUUAACAAAGUUAGCUUCUAUUGUAAAACGACAAAAAGGUAGGCCUCCUGGAAGAAAAAAUAAACUUAUACAAUCAGUUAAAUCUAGUUGUCCACGCAAAUCACCUAGGCAACAUGCAUCUACUUUGGCAGCUAUUAUGUCUACUAAGACUUCAAAUUCUGAUAAAUUGGUAAAUCAGCCAGAUAAUUUGAUGGAUUUUGAUGUUGAUUGUAACAUAAAUUCUUUAGAUAACGAAGGUCCAUGUAUAUUGACAAUGGCUGUACCAAAUCUUGAACAUAAUAUGUCUUCAGAGUGUGACAGACAUCAUGGACAAUUAGAUGAUAAACCUGGUAACAUUAAAAGUCGUCGCCGUCGCCGUUGUCGUUCAAUCACUCCAUCUCCUCCAAAACUAUGUGCACAAAUUCCUUUAACACAACGUGCUCCUGUAAAUACAUUGGAUCAUGAAGUAGUAAAAUUACGUACAAAACAUGUGGAUGUAGUUAAAAGACGAGCACGAGAUGAGAGACUACGUACAGCAUUUGUGUAUCAACAAUUACAGAAAAUACAAGAAAUAGCUGAAGAAAAUCGAUGUGAACUACUUAAGAAUGUACUGCCAAAUCUUAAUGAAAAAGAGCUUGGAUAUCAAUUUUCAAGUAGUUCUGUAUUAUUACAAACUGGUAGUAGUCAAGAUCAAGUUUGGUCUACUCAAAUGGAUAAUGAUUUAGAUUUAGAGGAACCGAAUAAUAUGUCUUUACAAAUAAUGUAUGAACAAACUGGAGAUAAAAGGUUUUUGUGUACUGAUUUAACAAAUGAAACUCUCCAAAUAUAUUAUCAACAACGCGAAUUAGCUUUGGCUGAACGUCUAACGAACAAUUAUAAUAGUGAAACUGUGUCUUCUGAUUUAGGCAUCGACACAAUAAAUGCAUCAAAUAAGCGAAAGAAAAAAAGACCGAAUAUGACUGGUUGGCCUAAAGAAAAACGUCGGAAAGUUGUAUCUAAUAAUACUACAUCUGUUAUCUCAUCGGAACCAUUAAAUGGGAACAAUGAUGUAGGAAGAAAUAAUAUUGCCAAACGCCGAAAAGCAGCAGAAAAACAAAAACUUAGACGUCAGCGUUUAAAGUUAGAACAGCAACAUUUAGUCAAAAACAAGCUCAAGAUUAAAGAAUCAACAAAAAUUAUACCUAAAAGACGUCCUGGACGCCCUAAGAGUCUUAAGAAAAAAAAUAAACCUGAAACAUACCAGCGUUCACCUAGUCUUAGUAGUAACUCUACAGUAUCUAGUACAAUUUCUAGCAAAUGUACUAUAAAAGAGAAAAAACUAAGGAAACAAAAACAGAAACGUUUGCAUAUAGAAAAUAAGAAAGUAACAGAAGUUGUCCCAACUGGUGAACCAAAUAGAGUUGUAAAACGUAGCUGUGGAAGACCUAGAGGCAGUGGUUGGCGACAAAGAUUGAAAUUAGAGCUGUUACAACGUCAUCGAAAUCAAACUUCAUUAUCAUCUGUACAACAAAAAGAAAAUGUUCAAGAACAAAUCAGCACAGGUAAAUUAAAAUGUGUUAUAUCAACACGUAAUAACCGUAUGAAAUUAUUAUCCACCUCCGGAAGUAGUACUUCUGCUACAUCAAGUCAAAAGAAAACUAUUGGAAACAAAUCCAAGAAACCAACAGACUCAUACAAUGUAUCAUCUUCAUGUUUAGUGCCACUACCAGUGACAGAAGUAAUUGGAAAAGCUACUCGGACGACAGCAAAAAGAAAAAGAUUAGUUGGGAGUUGGGAAGUUGGAAGGCCCAAAAGAUAUACUACAAAUCAUGGUAGGAAUUCUAAUUGUGUUGAAGAAGACUGUUGUUUUGUUGGAUCACAACCAUUUGAACAACAUUGUCCUGGUGUUGGAGGCUUAAGUCAUAAUACUGUACUUGAAAAUCGACAUGAUCAUCAGAAAGAAAACAGUAAUACGGUUGGUAGUUUAUAGUACAUAUAUUACAGAAAUAAUUAUUAAAUUUAUUUUUAUAUGAAUAGUAUUUUUUUUGUUAAUAAUUAUUCUAUAUGUGUAUAAUUAUGUGUGUAUGUGUAUUAUUCAAAUUAUUUAUUUUUAUUAAUAUAAACACACGGAAUAUAAAUUAUUUGUACAAAUUAGAAAAAUCAUAUUAAUAUUUAAGAAAACUGUAAACAAAUAAAUUACAAUUAGUAUAAAGUUAAUUAUUAUUACAAUUUCUAUCAGCAUUUUUUAAUACUGUAUAAGUAAUUAACAAAAACCUAGUCGAAUAAUAAUUAUUUUUUUUUAUUUUUCAUUAGACUUUUUUAAAAAUAAUUAUCAAUAAAAUGUAUCAUUUCCGCAUUAUUAUUAUUACAAAUAUAUUGUUAAAUAAUCUAAAAAAGACUGUUUCGGUUCCUAUAUGUAAGAAAUUAUUAUUAUUUUGGCUUUUGAAUUAUUUUAUAGUAUAAUCAUUCCUGUAUAACAAGCUCUUAUUUUUUUAAUUAAAUUCAAAUUAUUUACAAAUAAUACAUAUUAUAUAUUCUAAAAGUUAAGGAGAAGGUUUUAUUUUUUUAUAAUUUGUACUUGCCUAUAAUGUAUGUUUAUUGGUUGAAUCUAUUUAUAUUAAUUUUGUAUGUGUAUAUUAUGGCAAAAGUUAAAGAUAUGGUGUAAUGAUACAUCUCUUCCUAUCUAAAUGUAGAGUACUAAUCAAAACAUUUAACUACAUUAUUUUAUUUUUUUACUAGUGUAUUAUAUUGUAUUAUUUUUGGUCCUAUAUGGAGCAGUAAAACAAAUUUUGAAUUUGUAUAGGGUCAAUAAAAUAAAAAUAUUUACUUGGAGUGACUAAUUUUAUUAGUUUUAUAUUAACUAGGUACCUUCUGUGGCAGAUUAUUUAACAAUUAUAUUUUUGUUUCUUUAUUAUUAUUAUUAUUAUUGCAUUAUAUAAAAUGCAUUUAAACAUCAUUGUUACUCUCAACUUGAGAUUUUAAAAUGUAUCUACUUAUAAUAAGGUCACAGACACAUAAAAACAGUAAAUGAUAUAGGUACCUAUACUAGAAGAAAACACAGUAAAGUACCUUUAAUAUUUUGUAAUAACUGUUUAUGUAUAUAUAAAAAAAAAAAAUAGUAUAUUUAUUUGGGGGUAUAAAAUAUUGUCUCUAUGUACCUAUUUUUCCACAAACCCUAGAUCGCCUAGAUUAACCAGCUAACUAAGCAUUAUUUAUUUAUUGAUCUGUACAGUAAUAAAUUUCAUUAUUAUAAUUAUUAGUACAAAUGCAUAGUCAUUAGAUCUAUCAUGUAAUAUACAAAAUAAAAUAAAUUAAUAAUUUAAAGUUUACAAAGGGAAUUAAUUUUACAUACAGAGAAAAAAGAUAUUAAUUAACACUGUACAAAAUAACAAUAGUUUACUUAUUGAUUUUAUAACAUCAUCAUUAUAAAAGAAUAACUCAGCACUAAAAGAAUUACCUACCGAUUAACAUAAUAAUUAUUGCAAAAGAUAAAUAGAGAGUAAUUUGUUUUUAAUUUGAGUAUAAAGAAUGAAUGAAAGACAUUAAAUGUAUCUUUAUUAUGAGUAUUACUAUUGUUUAUUUUAAAUUUUCUUCCUAGAUAGGUGGAAAAUCUUAAUAAUUUAAAUAAAAUUAUUAAGUAACAGAAUAAAUUGUCCACCUAUAUUAGAAAAAAUUAAUUUUAUAUUCCCAAUAAAUAGGAAAACUGGAAAAAUAGGUAAAAUAUUAAACAAAUAUUAUUAAAAAAAUGUUUCAUGCAUAUGUAUUAUAAUAUGAUAUAUUGUUUACAAAGCAACACUGUCAACUAAGCUCUCCAUUCAGAAUCUUUUCUCAAAGUUUUUCCUUAGUAAUGGUUAAUCGUUGUUUACAUAUACAUUAUUAAAUUGUCAUCUACAUCCUAACUUCCCACCUACAAAAGUGGCUGCACUCAUCCCCAUUAUCCUAGGACAGUGUUUUUUUUAUGAUUAUUAUAUGGUCAAUGAAUUUAAAUUUAGAGUCAAAAAGAACCCCUAAACCAUUAAUUACUGCAGAGACACAUUGAAUCUGAAGGUUUGAUAAAUUAUAGUUGAAUUCAAUAUUGUUGUUUUAUGUGAAAAAGUGAUUACUGAGCAUUUAUAUAUGUUAAAUUAUAUACCAUUAUUUGAAUACCAAUUACUGAGGUUAAUUAAAUUAUAUUGUAAAUUUGAUCAAUAGAUAAUGGAAUUAACUGUUUUAAAAACUGUUGCAUUAUGCAGCUAGUGUUAAAAUAUUUGAAUAUUUUAUUAUCAAUGAUAUUAUAUCAUUAGUCAACAUUAAACAUAAGAGAGGUGAUAAAUGUUCUCCUUGUGGUACCUCUGAUGAUACAAGAAUAGGGUAAGAGAAAAAAUAAUUAUAUUUUAAUAAUAUUGUAUUAAAUGUGAGGAGAACUAUGAAAGAAGAGGAUUAUUAAUACGAUAGUUAUGAAGUCUUCACCAAAAUACCAUAAUCCUCAGACGGCCUAAUACCUUUCGAAAAUGUAGAAAACGAAAGUGUACAAAUUAAAAAAUAAUGAAAUAGCGAAACCGUAAAUUUGUCAGUUUUCAUUUUACGUUUUUCUGGGUGUUUCCUAAUUAUUUAUAAGACUACUGAGAAAAUCAAAAAAACGCUUUUUUUGGUUACCAACUAGAUAAAUAAUGCAACAAAAUAUGUCUCUUAUUAUUUUUCUGUUGGAGUAAUAUUUUUUGUAGAAACAUAAGUUAAAUAUAUUAAAAUAAUGAAUCCGGUUUUUCAAUUGUGUUUUCAAUAUUAAAAAAUGACUUUAAUGUAUCAAUAAGAUAAAUUUCCUUUCAGGAAAGGUGCUAUACGUGAAAAUUGAAUCAAGAUUUCUGGUAGAAAUUGUAUACAUAGUGUAUAAAAAUAUUCUGAAUCUGAAAAUUGACACAAUUAAUGUAAUAGUUUUUACAUUUUGUAUAUGGUUUUAUAAAAAUUAAUUAUAAUUGAUAAUUUUACUACUACAAUUCUAGUUAACAAAAAUUAAACAUUUUAAAUUCUAGUCAGCAAAUUUAAAUGAGUCAUGUUUUUUUUUUAAGAUCUCUGCACAAGACAAAUUACUAAAUAUGGUUAUUAUAUAGCUUGAAUAUGUUUUAGAUGAAUAUGCAAUUAAAAAAGCAUGAAAAAUGAAAAUGAGUGGAGACUAGAAGCUUAUAGUUUUACAAAAAUGUUUAUUUUAUUUUUUUAUCUGUGAACAACUUUUCUACCAGAAGAUUUGCUCAGAUUUCUAAGUGUAGCACUUUUUCUGAAAGGAAAAUGGUGUGCAAGGUACGUUAAGGAAAGCAUUUUUUUUAACUUUCUCAAGAGUUUCUAGCAAAUGUGAAAAACCGGGAUAAAAUAUGGGGAAUUGGGUAAACUGUAGGAAAACUGGGGAAAUCGGUACAACAUUAAACAAAUAUUAUUAAAGAAAGUAUAUAAAGCCUAUUUAAUUAUUUUACUAUAAAAUGACAUAUAUAUAUAUUAUUGACAAAAUAUCACUAUCAACUGAACUCCGCUCAAAAUCAAUUUUUCGUAAGCAAUGGUUGGUUUAUUAUUGCUUACAGGUUUACAUUAAAUUAUCGAUAAUUAUCUAUAACAGUGGCUGCACCCAACCUCAUUAUCCUAGGACGUCUUUUUAAUAUUUGAGUUUCACGUGUCAGGACAAGUGAGCUGCUAUCAGUAAUCAAUGUGUGUACCUGGAUUGUGCACUGACAAACAUGUUCGUUCAUGAUGCAUGUUUGUUUGCGAGAAACCGUCCCUUUUGUUGUUUUAAUUUAGAAGUGAAACGUCAAUACCGUAUUGAAACUAAUUACACACUGAGCUAUUCAAACGCCACUAUUUUAAAACACAAACUCACUUCACUUACACAUUAGGCGCUUUUCUCAAAGACAAAAUUCGCGCCAAUACUUUGUAUUUUAGUCUUGUUGUCACUGUACAUCGUACAUCAUGAACUAUAUGAACUAUCAUGUACUAUAUUAAGUAUAGUACUUCGCGUUGCAAUCCACGGUUAUUUCGUUUAUUGUUUUAAAAUAUGGAAAGUUUAAACGAUAUAGAAGCCGCAUGAGUUAUGUUCGCACUAUACGAGAAACAUGAAAAAAAAACAAAAAUAAAAACAUGUGAAAUAGUGACAUUGGGUCCAUCCGCUUAAUCUAAAAUGAAAAUAGUUCUUCAUUCGACACCUCAAGAAUAAACUCUUCAGUAUCAAACAUUUUUAUAAUAUAAAUUAAUACAAUUUGUAGUAAUUUUGUACGGAUAUUCUACAAGGUUAAAGGCAGUAGCGGAUUUUCAUUAUUUUUCUGAGAAAGGUCCUGAACAAUUAUAUGUAUUUAAAAGGUAUCUAUUAAUAGAUGCCUCUUUUUUGGACGAUAUUUUAUUGAAAUUAUAUCUAUGUCUGGAGGGGGGUUCAAACCCUCUGGACCCUCCAUAAAUCCACCACUGGUACGAAGGCACAAAUUAUAAACGAAAAUAAAACGCGGUGCGAUUGCGGCGUCCAAAUCGCUCGUGUGUUAUCAAAAACGAAAAUACAUUAAAAAUACAUUGAAAAAUUAUAGUUUGAUAACAGUUAAGAAACGUUCGGUGCGUUCGAAUAAGUAAUAUGUACCUAUUUUUAAUAAUAAUGAUUUGUAUACAUAUUAUAUACUUUUUUUUUAAUACAACAUAUUUUCAAAAAAUAUUAAGAAACAUGUCUAUUGGUCGUGCCCGGUGCUACCAGGUGGCGAUGUGCGCCGCUGAACAAAAAUUGGUCCCGAAAGCGGUGUGGUCUCUUUUGAAACAGCGUAUAAUGAUUACUGAUUAUUAAAAUAUAAUAUUUUACGUUUUGAAACAAACUCUCAGAAAUUAUCUGCUAGAAUUUAAUCUAAUAUUAAUUCAUGUGUAUAUUUUGCAUAAAUAACUUGCUAUAGACUUUCUAAUCUGUCGUGUCUGACCAAAUCGGAGAAUUGAGUCUACUGAUAAAAUAAUAAUUGUCAAGGAAAACGGUGAUAGUUUUAGAACAUUGGUUGAAUAUUAUGUUCUUUAUAGCUUUGUUUGUUAUUAAUAAAAAAUAAUAUAUUAAAUAUUAAUAUUUAUAAUAAAAUUAUUAAAUAUUAAUAUAUAUAAUAAAAUACGUGUAUUAUAUUUUUUAUAAAUUAUUAGGUUAGUACACAAAAAUGUAUAAUAGAAACACUGUAUUUCUGUUAUACAUUUCUGUGUUGGAAAAUUAUAUUUGAUCCUAUAUUAUAUCGAUGAUAUAAGUCGCAGUUCCGCGUUUGGUAUGGACCUGCCUUUUAAAAGAAUAAAAUAAAAAUCUUUAUUAGUUGCUUUGACGUCAUCGCUCAUAGGGUAGUCCGACCCCCACCAUAUAGUUCAGUUUUUGUCAUGCGCGUAGGAUACUAUAGAAUACAAAUCGAUUUACGUGGCUCCUCCAUCAUCAGAUUCAGUAUUUCUUCUCCCGCAACUCACGUCAUGUGAUUGCGGUUGUUAGUUUUUGUAUAGAUUCUGUAAGAUUAUUAGCAAUUAUGUUAAUUAACAAUUAGUUUCGGUACGCAGUCACGUAGUUCAUUGCAUUGUAUUAAAAAGUAAAAAUCCAUAUUUUGACUGACCAUCAUCCGGUCAGUCAUCAUCAUUCGGACCAUAUACGUUCAUUAGUACUACAAUCACUCGACUACCAACCGAACGACGGGACGUUAACGAAAACUUAAGUGAAGAGUAGUGAAAACAUUGAAGAAGAUUGAACAGUAAUCAACUUCAUUAUGACUUCAACAACCGAACAAAGGUAACAGUGGCGUAUUUAUAGGGAGAUAUUAAGGAGAUAUAUUUCACCCUUUGGCCUUUUUUAUAUAUUUAUUAUAAACACUAUUUUUAAAUUUAAAUUUCUAUAACUUUGUUAGAAAAAUUAAUAAUUUAAUGUGUUAAUAGAUAUCUAUAAUUAAUAUAUUGAAAAAACCUGAACGUUUUCUUACCUAUACCUACAGAUGGUUCGUUGAUUUCAAUAAUAAUUUUAGGGCAGAUUGAAUUAUAAAUUACUGACAAAAAUAUAUUAAUUAUUAAAAAGUGAUCCUCUUUCAAUUUCCUUCAUGGACACCCACUCUUCUAACUUAUUCUUUGUAGGUACUUCUACAUAGUAGCCUAUUAUUUUAAUUUUCUUUGUCUUCCAUCACUACAUAUAGCAUAUAAACUUAUUAUUUUAAAUUUUCCUAUUUUUUGUUUUACUACAGUACGUUAUAAUGUAAUGAUGGACAAAAAGCUGUAGUCAUCCCGUUUAUCAUUAUAUUAUUCUGGAAUCGUGAGACGAUAGAUGGAUAUUAAUUUUCCUAUUUUUUUGUGUAUUUUAUUAAUAAAUCUUUACCCUACAUCCUUAUUCUGUAAUUUUGGAAUUUGUUUUAUUAUUUAUAAUAUUUUUAAUAUUUAACUCUAUCAAUUAUGUCUUAUUGCAUUAUUUUCUUAUUUGUAAUUUCGAAUUCGUCAUAGUUACGUGUUCUAAAUUGUUUAUCAGACUAAAUAUUGAAUAAUGUUAAAGUAUUUACGGUGAUGUAUACAUUUUUCAAAAUUCAGUAAUUUUUACUAUUUUCGUUAAAAUGUUAUCUUAAAAUGAUUAUAAAAAAAAUUACUACAUUACUUUCAACCUAUAUUUUUUUUAUCACUAAGUUAAAUUUAUCCUCAACCUCGUAUUAAAUUGUUAAGCAUUUCUGUUUGGAUAAAAAAUUGUAGAGAGACUCGAAAAUCAAAAAUUGAUAUUUUCAAUGAACCAACUUUACACAAAUUGCUUCAAAAAAGCUUUCUUAUUGGUUUUUUAUUGUACAAUUUCUGAUAAAAAAAGUUGUUCAAAGACAUUUAAAAAAAAACACAUCAUAAUAAACGCAAUAAAUUUCUUAAUACACUCAGAAACUAAAACUAGAAGAUUUCGAAUAGCUAUAAUCUACACAUAUUUUAAAACUCAUCAAAAUGUUUUGAACAAUUCACUAGAUAUGUUAAAAAGGGGCGCCAGGGACACUGCCACGCCCCGGGAUGAACGCUAAUAUCGACCGCUGCGUACUGUCGAAGUUUUGUGGUCGUAGUCAUGACGAUGCUUAAAGCAUAUUAUUAAAAUGGCAACAUAGUAAUGCAAAUUACGAUUUAAUAUUUGAUUACCAUCAAAGAUAAUUUUAAUUUGCAACCAUAGAUAUAACUAUAUAAGUAAUGUAGUAGAUACUGUAUUUUAUGUUGUGUGCGCAUAACAUUACAGUACUCAUACUGAUAGAAUCAAACACCAUAAUAAUCUUGGAACUAUGGAACUGUAGAAUUAUUCUACAGUUCCAGGUGCUUUUGAAAUUAUUUUUUUCUGGGCUAUAACCUAUAACAUAAAAUAGUUGUCCUAGGAUAAUGAGGACGGAUACAGCCACUAUUGUAGAUGAGAAAUUGGGAAGGUAGUAUAGAUGGAAAAUUGCAGUGCCGUAGCCAGGGGGGAGGAUUCCGGGCUCAAGCCCUCCCCCCCCCGAAAUGUCAGACAACAAAAAUUUAAUUAAUUUAAUUGAAAAUACAAUUUUAUAUGCGUGAUGCCGUGAUAACUUGCUGCCCCAAAAACUACAAAGUAUAAGAAAUGAAAAAAUAUUCACUGAGAUUUUUUAUCGAGCUAGUAAAAUUGAAGAAAAAGUAGGCUUAUUUCUGACUAUAUCAAGAAUAGUGGGUACUCAAAGACAUCGUUCAAACAAUAAAAUAAACAAUAAUGACUGUAUUUCUUAUUUAAGACAAUCAAUUUUUUUCCCAUAUUUAAAUGAUAUGUUGGUAUUAUUUCAUUAUCUUGUGUAUUGCCAUUAAUAUAGACAAUUCUUCAUUUAAUGAUUUAAAGUCAGUAAUUAAUUUUUACAAAGAAGAUUUAGAAACUCAUAACACUAAUGUUGAUUUUUAUAUGAUAUUACUGGAAAAUGAAUAUAAAUUGUGGUAACAAAAAUGGUCCAACAUGGGACUAAAAAUGGUUUCAAAAAGUUCUUUAGAUGUUCUAUUAAAAUAAUCUGAAAAAUUAUUUUCAAAUAUUCAUGUUUUGUCUCAACAACAUCAGUUGAAAGAAGUUUCUCUACACUAAAAAGAAUAAAAACCUAUUUAAGGAACUCAACAAGGGAAACGAGGCUAAAUGGUCUAGUAUUUAUGAAUAUUCACCAGGGAAAUAAUAAUUGACCCUGAAACAAUAAUUAAUAUGUUCACCUUACAAAAAGGAAGACGCUUUGACUUUAUGUUGUAAUAAUGAAAUCUAUUUUCUUUAUCUAUUAAUUACAUGAUCUUGAUUUGAUAAUAUGUAUAAUUAUAAGAAUUAUAUUGUCAAUAAUACAGUACAAACUUAGUUUGUUGUCCUUAUUGGCCAUCAAAAAUUAAGCCCCCCUCCUCCCCGAAAAUAAAUCCUGGCUACGGAACUGGGAAAUUUAAUAUAUAUCUGUAAGCACUGAUAAACCAUUGCUAACAAUAAUACGAUUCUGAGUGAAGUUCGGUUGAUAGUGUUGCUUUGUCAACAUAUACCCCUAACCUUCCCCCUGCGCAUACCACUGGUUAUUAGAUUUACUGUUUUUUCUAAAAUUAAAACCAAUAUACAUAUCGUAUAAUAUUUUUAAUUCAGGUGACACUCUAUUUUAAGCGUCACCCAAAGCAAUUCCAAAGUGUACAAAUAUUCACAUUCUUACAGUUUUUCUGA